GGGAACCUUGGGAAAAGCGUCAAUAUGUGACGACUUGGGAGUGAGAACGGGUUGGCAAAUAAAYCAAGGCAAGCCUGUAUUUUUCUCUAACGCUGCAUCCAGCCUCGCCUGCAGAACCCUAACCCUACACUGUUUAUUACUGUGGAUGACAGGCAAUGAUGGUAUGAUUUGAAAUUAAGUGGUAUUUCAGGCUCCAACUACUCUGUGGGAAUUGUUGGGGUCAGAGAGCGCUGUGCAGCAGCAGCCCUACAAAACAAGCUGGUUGACACGCAUGAUGAUGGCCAUCUAAAGCCAAUAGUGAUCAAGACAUUAACAUAAAACUCAAACUMAAAAUGCAGCAGGUGAUAUGCAUCCCUUUAAUCUAUGUUAGGCUUUUAAUUUCUCUGAAUGAUCUAGUACUUGCUUGUAAUUUUGGUGAAAAUACUUUAAGAUGCAUUCUGUUGUAUAAAAUCUAUUUAGUUGUAAACAAUCAAACGACUAAUCUCUGUUUCAAGGUUUUGCAGCCUCUCUACGUGACACCUCUGUUUUCUAUUCAUCUGACUGUUUCUUUUUUUUUCCCUCUCACCCUUUAGCUGGCUAAACAAGUGAUUGUGUCUCGGCUGUGAAGAAAAGAGUGAGCAGACCCCACUUACUCUGUAGAGGACUUGUGGCAGCACACAGUAAUCUCUUUUACUUGGAAAUGUGUGUCUGAGUGGAUGUAACCUAACGAAGGACCAUUUUCCCAGGAAGUGUCCUCUACUCCCUGUCAGCUGGAUGGGAAGAAGGAGAAUCUGUGACCUUGUAAAAUGAAGAUGUUGUUGCCAUGGGAGCUGUUAAUCCUUCUGUCACUCAAAGAGUGCCUUGCUGAACAUGCCCGCCACGGUCCUGUCUUCACCCAGGAGCCCAGUGACAGCAUUUUCCCAAUGAGCACUGGUGACAAGUUGGUGUUUAUUAAUUGCAAAGCAAAAGGAAACCCACCUCCACACUAUAGGUGGAAAAUGGAUGGAAGGGAUAUAGACACAGACUCUGAUCCAAACUACAGCCUUGUAGAGGGGAACCUGCUGAUCAAUAACCCUCAUUUCAUCAAUCAUGGGGGAGUGUAUCAGUGCAUCGGCACCAAUGCAUUUGGAACCAUCGUCAGUAGGAAGGCAAAAGUCCAGUUUGCAUUUUUGCAGAACUUCAGCAAGAAGCCYAGGAACACAGUGCUGGUGAGGGAAGGUCAAGCUGUGGUCCUUCUCUGCGGCCCACCGCCCCAUUACGGAGAGAUUAAAUACUCCUGGGUUUUCAAUGGACAGCUCAGUUUCCUGCAGCAGGACGCUCGUCGCUUCAUCUCUCAGAGGACCGGCAACUUGUACAUCGCGAAGGUUGAAGCCUCGGAUGCCGGGAAUUAUACAUGUGCAGUGAGAAACAUGAUGACCAAUGCUACAGUGCUCAGCUCUCCAACUCCCGUGGUGGUGCGAAGGGACGUGGUGAUGGGUGAAUAUGAGCCAAAGAUCGAGGUUCACUUUCCUGACACGCUUCAUGUCUCCAAAGGAUCUUCAGUGAAGCUGGAAUGCUUUGCUUUAGGAAAUCCCGUGCCUUCUAUUUCCUGGAGGAAAGCCGAUGGAAAUCCACUCCCUGGCAAGAUUAAAAUCAACCACUCCACUGGGGAUCUGGAAAUUCCAUAUUUUCGCCCAGAGGAUGCCGGUGUGUACGAGUGUGUCGCUGAGAACAGCAGAGGAAGAAAUGUUGCCAGUGGGAAGCUCAUAUUUCAAAAUGUUGAACAUCUACACUGGGCCCAGAUGCUGAAAGAUGCACAUAUGGCAAUUGAUGCUGAUCUGCAGUGGGAAUGUAAAGCCAUUGGUAGGCCUCAACCUACCUAUCGAUGGUUAAAGAAUGGUCAGACACUAUCAACAAAGGGGAAAGUUCACGUUGAAGCUGGUAGACUGACCAUAUCCAAGAUCAGUUUAUCAGACUCAGGGAUGUAUCAGUGUGUGGCAGAAAAUGAAUAUGGAUCCAUAUAUGCCAGCGCUGAGCUCAAGGUUGUAGCUUUGCCGCCUGACUUUACCCAGCGGCCUGUGAAAAAAUCCACCGUGAUCCAAAGAGGGGGAGAGAUGGUGUUAGAGUGCCGACCCAACGCUUCACCCAGGGCUACGAUAUCCUGGUGGCGAGGGGGGAAACUCCUGAAAGACAGCGAGAGACAAACUGUUUUGGGGGAUGGAACUCUGCGAAUCACCAACAUCUCUAAGUCUGAUGAGGGCAGGUACACGUGUGUGGCAAGAAACCAUUUUGGAGCAUCCAGCAGUACAGGAACACUGAUGGUAAAAGAGCCCACCAGGAUCAUUGUUCCACCUUUGACUUCAGAUGCAACUGUGGGACAGAGUCUUGUGUUACCCUGUGAAGUGUCCAGUGAUUCAUCCCUAAACCCCAUCUUCAAGUGGUUUUUCAAUGGCAAAGCCAUAGACUUCAGCAAGCAGGAGCACUACGAGAUGAUUGGAGGGGGAUUUUCAGGUGACUUGAUGGUGAGGAACAUUCAGCUGAGGCAUUCUGGGAAAUACGUGUGCAUGGUGAACACCGAAGUGGACACAGUGUCAGCAGCAGCUGAUUUAAUUGUCAGAGGACCACCUGGUGCACCAAACAUUCCUGUAGUGUUUAAUAUUACUGAUACAACAGUGCAGCUGUCGUGGAGCUCUGGACCUGAUCACCACAGUCCCAUCACCAUGUACAUGGUUCAAGCUAGGACCCCCUUCUCCAUUGGCUGGCAGACUUUGAGAACAGUUCCUGAUUCUGUGCCUGGACAGAUGAUGCACGCAACAGUGAAGGAUUUGAACCCCUGGGUGGAAUAUGAAUUCAGGGUGGUGGCAAUCAACAGUGUUGGUGUUGGAGAACCCAGCACGCCGUCUAAACAGAUUCGAACCAAAGCAGCAGUUCCUAAGGUUUCACCGGUUCAUGUGAGUGGCGGUGGGGGAGCUCGAGGAGAGCUCGUCAUUACGUGGGAGCCAGUUCCAGAGGAACAGCAGAGCGGAGAAGACUUUGGCUAUGUAGUGGCUUUCCGCCCACUUGGCAGCAGCACCUGGAUCCAGACAGUGCUCGCGUCCCCAGAUGCAUCAAGAUAUAUCUACAGAAAUGACAGCAUCYCCCCCCUGUCCCAGUUUGAAGUGACUGUAGGUGUUUACAACAGCAUGGGAGAGGGGCUGUUCAGCCAUGUUGUUACAGUGCUUUCUGCAGAUCAAGAGCCCUCUGAGACACCAUUGGGCGUAUGGGCYCGUGCUAUGUCUGCAGCUGAGAUUGAAGUGUACUGGGAACCUAUUCCUCCUACAUCCAACAGCGAGAUAAUAGCAUACGAGGUUCUGUUUUGGGAGGAGGGAAGUGAGCAGAGUGAAGCAGACAGAGUGAGGGUUAUCAACAGCUCAGCUCUGCUCUCUGGUUUAAAGGGCAGCACACUUUAUCAGAUCGCGGUCAGAGCCCAAAACAGUGCUGGAUUUGGACCCUGCAGCCCCUCUAUUAACAUCACRACCAGGAAACCACCGCCAAGUCGUCCUCCUGGGGGCAUUAAGUGGAACCUGACAAACUUUAAGAUCCUUCUGAAGUGGGAACAAGUCAAGGCGAUGCAGAAUGAGUCCAAGGUGACAGGAUACAAGGUUGUGUAUCGACAGCACUGGCACGGUCGAACUACAGUACUGGAAACCAAUAAGACCAAUGUGGAACUGCAAAUCCCUUCUGGAGAGGACUACCUAAUAGAGAUCAAAGCCUUGAGUGAAGGAGGGGAGGGCUCCAGCAGUGGCCCCAUUCGCAUACCAAAGAUGUCCAGUCUAAACUCUAAGGGAUCUGUGUCUCCAGUUCCAUUAACCAUUUUUAAUCACAUGUUUUGUACAUUUUCUUUGUUUUUUCACCUACUGACUACUUACCACUAAAGAAUGGAUAUUAAGAUAUAGCAUAUUUUUAUUUCUUUUUAUUGUUAGAUUUAUCAAAUAAUGAACAAGGACAUGUUUUUAGCUGCUGUUUUCCAAAGCAAAACCUAAAAUUGAAUGUAGGAACUUUUUGGAGAGACUGUCAGAUGCCAACAGAGAGGUGUUCACAGACACCUGCACAAAAACAUGUUUUCCUGCAGGGCUGCACCCCUGCAGCAAGCAUAAAUUUGUCAAACAUGAAAAAAAA